CACAAACCCAGCAGACAGUCCUGACAGGCGGCAGACGAGCCUCUCCAGCACCGUUCACCCAGCAGCUGAGUCACCUUUAAACAGGUUCACUACUCGCCGUGGGAGCUGUGGACCUUCUGUCAGCUCUACAGUUCUCUGGAAACCUGAUUUACAGACUUUGAUCAGGACUCAGCUCAUCCUGAGGCCUUUAUUCUUAGAGGAGGGGGGUCCAGUUUGAAGAUGGUCCUGUGUGAGGAUGGAGAGUGCAGCGUCUGCCUCUUGCCGUACUCCCGCGUGGACAGGAUCCCCCGGGUGCUCCACUGCAGGCACACCUUCUGCGAGUCCUGCCUGAGGACCAUAUCGCAGGUCAGAGGUGGGCUCCUCACCCUGCCCUGCCCCCUGUGCCGACGGGUGACCGGCAUAGGCGGGGGCCGCGGGCUGCAGGAGRCCCUGUGGGUCAACGACAAGCUCUGGGAGCAGAUACCAGAGGAGGAGGAGGAUGGACGGCAGCAAAAAGCAGAGACGGAAAGGACGGAGGCCGAACAGGCAGAGUGCGCUUCGAGGUCUGCUGCCGUCAAGCUCAAACUGCCGGCCUUCUUCAGGAAGUUCAGUCUGACCAAGCAGCAGGAGAGGAUCAUCCCCGGCAGUAACGUGGAGAUGAAGUCGUGGCGCAGACUCUCAGCCGAUGAAACGGAUUAAAAACGAGGAGGGAGGGAGAAUAAGAAGCUGCAGCUCUCAGGAUGUUCUGACAUUGGGAUCCGCUCCAGGACCAGAUUCAGCAUUGAGCCUCGGACCAAGAAUCCAUUUAUGCUCCUGUCAGGACCUUUGUUUUGUUCUCAGCCAAAGGUGUCCCCCUUUUUUUAUUCUAGGCUUAAUUCUUCCAGCUGGUGCUGUGGGAUUUAGUUCAGCUGUCUCUGUGGGACUAACACCCCGGGACCCCCUCAGAACAGAUGGUCUCUCCGUGCUCAACACUUAACUUAUUCUUUAUUUAUGUCAGCUAGUGAAACCUUGUGUGAAAUGAUUUGUCUUUGUUUUUGUUUCGGCUGGUGUCUCCUGUCAUCCUGACAUGAUGGAAGCAUCAUGAAGCCACGACACGAGUAGAAAACAUGAAUUAUUUUUUAAAAAGUGA